UCCAGCUCUCAUUCAGGCUGCUGCUGCUGUAGGAGCGUCUGUUGAGCUGGUUGAGGCAGCGGCUGCUCGCUUUGUGCAUCCCUCCGUUAUCCACCUGUGCCGCGGAUGGUGCUGAUGGAGCAGACUCUGCGUUACAUGGAAUAAUUUGCACACUGUUACCCCCUUUUUUUCUUCUUCUUCUUCUUCUUCUUCUUCUAUCCGGAUUUUGCAUCACUGGGCAUCUAAAGUUGAGAUGAUGCCUCCGCUCAGCAUUUGGGAUUGGUAAUAGCCUUCUGUGCGAGGGGUGAUACAUCAUUCGCAUGUGAUCGAACAACACUGUCUCUCGGAAGUGGACACAACAUGGACUAAUUUUUUUUUUUUUAUACAUUCACCAUGGGAUUAUUACAGCUAUUUCUGGUUCUCGGCAUAUUUUGCGCCUCCUCAGUUGUAGGUUUUGGGGUUGACCCUGCCCUGCGCAUCAGCGUGUUUGAUGAACUAACGCUUGGAGAAGGCUUUGAUGGAGUUACUCAGGUCCAGGGCUUCCACAGCGAGUCUAGAGCUUUCCACUUCCAAGGGUCUGCCAGGGAAGUGAUGGCUCCUGUUGAAGUCUCAGAGCAAAUGGUCCAGAAGCUGAGAGGCAAGAAUGAAUUUACGGUGCUGGCGACCCUCAAACAAGAUCACCUCAACUCUGGGGUCAUCCUCUCCGUUCACCACUCUGAGCACAGGUUCCUGGAGCUGGAGAGCAGCGGCCAGCGCAGCGAGGUGCGUCUUCACUACCGUACCAAAGGCCAGCAGCCCCACACCGAGGUGUUCCCGUACAGCCUGGCCGACGACCAGUGGCACAAGGUCUCUGUGGCCGUCAGCGCCUCUCACGUUAUACUACACGUCGACUGCAACAGGAUCUAUGAGCGGGUCGUGGAGGCCCCCUACAUGGACAUACCUGAGGACGCUUCCUUCUGGCUCGGACAGAGAAACGCCGCUCACGGCUUCUUCAAGGGAGUGAUGCAGGACGUGGAGAUCCUGGUGAUGCCGCAGGGUUACAUCUCACAGUGUCCAGAUCUGAACAGAACAUGCCCAACCUGCAAUGAUUUCCACGGACUUGUGCAGAAAAUCAUGGAACUGCAGGAUAUCCUCGCUAAAACAUCCAGCAAGCUGUCCAGGGCGGAGGAGAAGAUGAAUGGGCUGGAUGGCUGCUAUUGUGAGAGAACCUGCAGCGUCAAGGGGGUCGUCUACAGGGAGGACGAGGGCUGGACAGAUGGCUGCAGGAACUGCACAUGCACGAACGGCACGGUGCAGUGUGAGGCCGUCUCCUGCCCUCCCCCUCAGUGCCCGCCGGGCACAGCGCCUGCCUACGUAAAGGGUGCCUGCUGCAAGGAGUGCCAACCUGUCUGCUUGUUUGGUGGAAGAGAGAUGGUGGAGGGGGAUCAGAAGGCGGUGCGCGACUCCUCUGGCAGGUGCCUGCUGUUUGAAUGCAAGGACCGGACCAUGCACCGAGUGGUCCCCAGCGAGCCUUGUCCCGAACUCAACUGUGCAGAAUCGGAGCAGAUCACCUUGAAUGACAGAUGCUGCAAAGUCUGCAGAGGUCACGACUUCUGCUCGGAGGGCCACGGCUGCGUGGAGCACUCCGACUGUGUGAACCUGGAGGCGGGAGACUGCUGUGUUUGUAAGGAUGGCUUCCGCCCGCUGCGAGACGACAACGCCUACUGUGAAGAUAUUGACGAGUGCGCUGAGGGGAAACACUACUGCAGGGAGAACACCAUGUGCGUUAACACCCCCGGCUCCUUCAUGUGCAUCUGCCAUACGGGCUACAUCAGGAUCGAUGACUAUUCCUGCACAGAGCAUGACGAGUGUCUCAGCGGGCUCCACAACUGCGAUGAGAACGCCCUGUGCUUCAACAUGGUGGGAGGCCACAGCUGCUCCUGUAAGCCGGGCUACACCGGCAACGGGACGGUCUGCAAAGCUAUGUGUGACGGAUUGUGCCAGAACGGGGGAACCUGCGUCUCACCUAACAACUGCGUUUGCCAGCAAGGGUUUACCGGGAAGCGGUGCGAGACAGAUAUUGAUGAGUGUGCAGACGGCUUCGUCGAGUGCGAUAGUAAAUCCACUUGUGUCAACUUGCCCGGCUGGUACCACUGUGAGUGCCGUGAUGGCUACCAUGACAACGGCUUGUUUUCCGCCAGUGGGGAAUCAUGUGUAGAUAUUAAUGAAUGCAAGACGGGGAGGAACACCUGUGCCAACGACACGGUGUGCUUCAACCUGGACGGUGGCUAUGACUGCCGGUGCCCCCACGGGCACAACUGCACCGGCGACUGUAUCCAUGACAACAAGGUCAAGCACAGUGGGCAGAUCUGGGUGCUGGACAGCGAUAGGUGCUCCGUGUGCUCCUGCCAAGCCGGCCAAGUGAUGUGCCGCAGGAUGGUGUGCGACUGCGACAACCCCAACGCCGACCUGUUCUGCUGCCCCGAGUGCGACCCUCGACUGAGCAGCCAGUGUCUGCACCAGAACGGCCUGCUCACCUACGGCAGCGGGGACACCUGGGUGGAGAACUGCCAGCAGUGCCAGUGCCUGCAGGGGCAGGUGGACUGCUGGCCUCUGCCGUGCCCUCCCGUGGACUGUGAGUUUACCGUGGUGCCCGAGGGCGAGUGCUGUCCCCGCUGCGUCACCGACCCCUGCCAGGCCGACACCAUCCGCAACGACAUCACCAAGACGUGCACGGACGAGCACAACAUCUCACGCUUCAGCGGCUCCUCCUGGAUUAAACAUGGCACAGAGUGCACCCUGUGCCAGUGCAAGAACGGACACAUCUGCUGCUCAGUGGACCCCAUGUGCCUUUAGUCUCGGCAGAUCUGAAGGCACCUGUACAGCGUUCUCCAUGUAAAAAAAAGUAACACCACCCCUAUGUCCUCCUCACUGUCCUCCUCCCAGACGUGGGUCACACAGCGUUUUGCAUUGUUAGGAUUUGUUUUUAGCCUGCUGAACCAAAUGGACGGGGCUUACGAAUCAGGAUAACUCAUACAAUGUCACGUAUGUCAAAUACAGACAAAUUGAACCUUCAGGUACUUUCUGCUGAUUUCUAGCUCUUAUUGUAUGUUCUAUAUGGUGAACUCCGGCCAGCUGGUGCCUCACGCACGUCAAGAGUGUUUCUGCAAAUCCUCUGUGACCCACGUCUGCCUCCUCAACUCCUCUUUAUACCAAAUGCAAACCUAUAUCAUACCAAACAGAUGAUGGACUACAGUUUUCCUCAAACCCACUCUCUUUGUUCCGUCUCACCACUUUAGAGUGAACCUUUAAGGAUCACCGUCCCCCCCCCCCCCCCCCCCCACUCCGAAUCAUUGCUACAUGAAUCUGUAAGAUAUUACUAUUACUGGCAUGACUGUGCUUGAUGUCCAAACAUUUUUGCUGAUUUCUAAAUUCUCAGUGAUGAUGAUGAUGAUGAUGAUGAUCCCUUAGAUAGAGUAAAAGGCAGUUAGCAUAAGGUUCCGUUGCCACAUGUAUGAAUUGUCUAUAUUAUGUGGUGCUUUGUAGCAUUUUGUUCCAUUUCUCUUUUUUGUAAUUUUUCUUUCCAAGCUUGUUAUUGUGUAAUAGUGAAAUAAAGUAUUUCCAUUUACAUUUAA